CAGCCAGCAAUGCGCAGAGUGUAGUCUUGAUUCAAAAAGAAGACUAGAAUUGUUUUAGUUCGCAAUUAGUGCACAGUGUAUUAAAUGCCGGGCAAGGGAUAACAGCAAAGAAAAGCACUCGUUUGUCUUGUUUUUUAAUAUUUUCUUCGUUUUUUAAAUAUCUGUGUACACAUGUACAUAUAUUUUGCUCCAUCUAUACUGUACGUGUGUGUUGCCCCAGGUCCCCGCCGCAUUUGAUUUUGCUGGCUACUGAACAAUUGGAAAUUUUGUGUUUUUUCAAACGUUUUCGAAUUAAAAACCAAUUUACUUCUACGUUUCUGGCACUUAUUAAAGGUUGCUCGACGGCACAUUACCAUGAUGUUGAGGCGUCCAAUCACCUCCGGUAGCCGGCAGGCACCAGAUCCGUACGACCAAUUCCUGGAAAGCCGCUGCAUGUAUCGUAAGCACACGGCCAGGGACGCAUCUUGCCUGUUCCGUGUUAUAGCCGAGCAGAUGUACGACACCCAAAUGCUCCACUACGAGGUGCGUUUGGAGUGUGUGAGAUUUAUGACGCGAAAACGUCGCAUUUUCGAACAGCAUGUACGUGGCGAUUUCGAUAGUUAUAUGCUGGACAUGGCCAAGCCUAAGACAUACGGUACUAUGCUGGAGCUGCGUGCUCUGUGCUGCAUGUAUCGCCGCAAUGUCAUCUUGUUUGAGCCAUUCAAUCUGGGCACAUCUGUCACCUAUAACGAAAGCUACCUGGAUAACUUUCGUGUGUUCUACACGAAUGAAUUUCAUUUUGAUUCUGUCUACCAAUUGGACUAUAUUGAAACAGCAGCGAUAAGCCAAUCAAUAAGCUUUAAGCUUCUUUACAAGAUGCUGUUUAAACUGCCUGAUGUGAAUUUUGCGGUCGAGUCAAUGCUGCAUCCGCAAACAUUCGAUUGGGGCAACUACGAGGUUGAGCUCGAUCCGAGGGGCUACUUUGUGCGUAUUGUUUGUAGCGAUGGACGCUUCUUUUCGCUAGAUUUGCCUGAGAAUACAAAAUGUAUACUAGAGAACUAUAAGCUGUGUAAUUUCCACAACAAUCGCAAGCAGUUGAAAAAGGUAUCUGUGUCAUCCGGGCCGGAGCCUAGUUCUAGGCGCGACCUUAAGCUGAGCCUGGAUUUGCCACUAAACACUUUAGUGGCCAGUGAGAGUGCAGAGAUGCUGCACAUGUGUCCUAAUCCCAUGAAUUCUUGUGUGCGUCAACUGCUCGAUGAUGGCAUCACCCCAUUUCCCUAUAAGGUGGCUAAGUCUCUGGAUCCUUACAUGUAUCGGAAUAUUGAGUUUGAUAGCUGGAACGAUCUACGCAAGGAGGCCAAGCGCUACAAUGUAUAUGCUAAUGAUUACAAUUUCAAGGUGGGCGCCAAGUGCCGCGUAGAGUUGCUGACCGAUGCCGAAAGACAGCUAUACACAUGCCACAUUCAAAAGAUAGCAGCAGACAAAUCCUACUCGGUUGUCUAUGUUGAGCAGUUUGGAAAGAAAUUUUUGGUACCCUACGAGGCAUUGCAUCCGGUACCACCGGACGAGUUUCGGCCGUGGGCGGUGCCGUUUCGCUAUCAGCGUCAAAUGCAGCGCAUGCACUUGGCCAAACUAACCCAGAAGGCCAAGCCCAGGUGGAAAAAGACCAAGCUGUACGAUGUAACCAAUUACUUUGAGGCCAGCAGUGUGCAGUAUCUGCAGCUAGAUGCUUGGCACGACUGUCCGCCGGUGUUCAAUGAGCAUGGAACGUUGCAACAGCAACAGCAGCAGCAGCAGCCGCCGCCGCAGCCGCAACAACGGCAAACGCAGCAACAAGUCGAACAUAAUGAAGCGAUCGAAUUAGAGCAAGAACAGCAACCGCGAGAGCAGCGUUUCCAGCCACGCGACAAGCCUUCGCCACUUCAGCAGCCGCAGCAAAAACAACAAGCAGCGGCUCCUGUUAUUGGAGCAACGACGGUGCCGCCAAUGACCCCGCACCCGGCAAAAGUGCCGACGGCCCAGUUUGUCAACUAUAUGCCAAUGGCUGGGCGCGCUGGGCAAUUGCCACAGCAAUGGCGAGGCUCAUCACAGCCUAUGCCAGACGAAUUUCAGGCUGGAAUCUAUCCAGGACCUCCAUUGCCUGCGGAUGGCUGUAUGUUUAUGCAUUUUGGUGGCUAUGCACCACCGCCGCCCAUAUCGCUGCAGCCACCGCCGCCGCCAUUUGGAGCAACACCAUAUAUGUUUGCCCCACAACCACCACCGCUGCCACCGCCGGCAGCUUCGGUGAUGCUGCCGCCGCUCGGCACAUGCAACAGCAGUAGCAACAGCUGCAACAUGAGCACCACAGCAACAACAACUAGCAAAAUUGCAAUGCGUAGCAGCAGCGAAGACCAGUUAGAGCCCCGACGCUCGAUGCAUGCAAAUGGUGAGGAUUUGCCCGCAGAUUUGGGCACCUUGCGCUAUUUCUACAACAUGGGUGUCGAUAUGCAUAUGCGCUGGUCUCACAUGGUGCCGCCCGAAGAGCAGAUGAGAAUGCACAGCAGCACGAAUGUCAAUCAAAACCACAACAACACGGACCAACCACAAAAGGAAAACAACGACGACUCAGUUGCUCUGGUAGCGAACUCCACCCCGCCGCCUUCGCCUAUAGCAGCAACUGCUGUCAACUCUCCAAGUGCCUUCGGUACGGAGGCAAACGCAGACAAAAAUCGCGCUCGUACUAAACGUGGCGCCUUUAACAAAAUGCGCUCCAAGCGGCCGGAACAACUGUCUGAUUUGAACAAAGAUCCCCAUCUAUCGCAUGCCAUGCUGUUGCCAACGCCGACGCCGUCGCCCAACACCAAUGGCAAUCAGUUUAACUUUUAUCCCACACUGCAUGCUCCGCCAGGCCAGCAAGCACUGCCGCCGCCACCGUUGCCACCACCAAUUUUUUUUGCCCCACACAAGGGUGGACAGAGUCCAUUUACUUGGGGUAUGGCGCCGCCUCCGGUGGCUAUGCCGUACGAGAGGAUCAACAACUAUACCAUGGAAGCAAGCGGAGUUAAUGCACAGCAAUCUCCGCCAGUUGUCUACGGACCACCACGUCAUUAGAGCAUCGACUCCAUAUCACUUUAUUCUCCAUAUACUUAUACUACAUAUAACAUCUUAUAUUCACAUUUUGUGUACAACAAACAGUUUAACUUUAGAUUUGCACAACAUCAACGACUUUUUAGAAUCGCUUCGCAAAGAAAAAAAAACAACAAAUAACUAUAUGCCGUUUUAAAUUUGUUUUAAAUUUAAUUUUUUUAAAGAACAUUUUGAACAAAUUCACAACACAUAAUCUAAUCAGUUAUAGUAAAUCCGUAAAAUGAUCGCAACAAUAAUUUUAAAUAUGUAAUUUAUGCAAUUUUAU